UUAUUAUUUAAAAUUCGUUUUAUUGACGUUGAUUUUGUUGAUUUUAAGUUGCCUAUUCUGCGAAAUAGGUCGCGGUUUUUCCUUUGUUUCACAAUAGCGGUAUUUUUGACCUGCGUCAGUUGUUUUGCACUCUGCUUGAGCGAUAAAGAUAAACUAAUUGCGUUCGGCGAGAGUUCAUUUACUCCACUGAUCUGCCGCAAAUAUUUUUAUUAUCAUUACUAAGAUAGUUCGAAACUUUAAAAUAGGUUCAACGUCAUAAAAUCGUACAUGCUUUGUUGUUUUUUCUACUUUAUAUAGAUUUCAAUGAUUAAUCAGAUUUAGAUUAUUAAUUGAUAACAUUACAAAUAAAAUACUAAUUAUAAACAUAUUUUUUAUAUAAACAAUUUAUUUUUUUAGGAUACUGUCAAAUAGUUGUCAAACGAAAUGUCAAAAAUCUUCUAAGAAAAUUCAAAUUCUAAGGUUUGUGAACCUCAAUGGCACUGCAUAUAAAUAAAACGAAACUAAUUGAUUAACAUUUUCAAUGGGAUAACAUUUUAAUGAAAAUUAAUGGAAAAGCUUCAAAUAAAAUAAUGUUAUAGUUCGCAACUUUAAAAUAGGUUCAACGUCAUAAAAUCGUUACUGUCAAACAGUUGUCAACGAAACGUCAAAAAUCUUCUAAGGUUUCUCUAACGACAUUGCAAAUAAAUAAAACGAAACUUAUUGAUUAACAUUUCAAAUGGGAAAACAUUUUCAUGAAAAUUAAUGGGAAAGAUUUAAAUAAAAUAAUGUUAAAGUGUGAAAUUUGAGGAAAAUUCUGUGGAGUGGGGAUGAAAAGUUUGUUUUUAAUGUCAAAUUUGACAGAAUGCAAUAAACUUAACCUCAACACUUUUGAAUCUGUUUAAUACAUAAGUUAUUAUCCUUAUUAUUAUACAUAAUCGUAACUAAACUAAUGUAAAAAUUUUAUGAUUUAAGAACUUUAUGACUUUUUGUUUUUAUAAAUAAACAAUACUCAGGUUUUCUAUGUUAACUUAGCAAAAUAUCAGGAAGUAACAUUUGAUGCAACACAAACUCCACAUACAUAUAUCAUUCAACUUUUAAGUUGAACCAGCAUACACAAUAUGGAAUACAUCCUUGUAUUGAUACAUACUGAGAGGAGAUUUUAAACAUAUCCACUAGGGAUCCACCGUAGAGUGUCUUAGAGUAAUAUAAGAUAGCUUCUGGGAACACCUUUGGAGGACUUGUCACAAAGUGGGAAGUCUUACAGCAAUGUUUAACUCAGUCACAAGCAACCUCUGCUUUAUAAAUCAUGAGAUCUGCAACUUUAAAUACAAUUAAGCUUGGUUUUGUGUUCUAAAUGAUAUUUGAUGGGAAAUAGAUUUCAUCAUUGACAUGUUUAUAAUAAACCAACAAGGAAAUAAACAAAGUUUUCAAAGAUCAAAGAGGGGCAUUUGAAAUAAUUAUCGCGUUAUCAGUAAAAUAGUGGGUUACAAAUGUACUCCUUGGCAUUAUAAAUUAUAAAUAACACCAGCUGCAGCGACGCUUUGUUGAGUUGAUCUACUUUUGAAGGCAAACAAACAUCACUCUCUUUGCAAUCCUUUAAUAUUUAUCAAGUUGGUUGCUAUUAUCGACGAAACGAUGACCCCUUUGAAGGUGAAAAAAUCUUAAAAUCAGAAACGAUAGUAUUUAAGAAUGCGUUAAGGUUUUAUUUGGUGGGAUAAUGAAGAAAUUGUUUAAUUUGGGUCUUUUAAAAUAGAGAAAAUCUUUUUUAUCACCACAUUAUUUUCACCUCAGCACUCAAAAAACAUCAAUUUGAAGAGGCGGUCCGAGCUGAACUGCGGUACUAUAAUUAAACUCGAAGUCUCGAGCAAAGUUCCGAGAGCGCCGGCAGCAGCUACUCGAAAAUUUUUAGUGCCUUUCAGUUAGUGCCUCGGUUGAAACCGUUAAACAAGCGCACCCAAUUCCUAAAAAACUUAUACAAUAACUUAAAAAAUAUCUUUAAUUGAAAGAGUAUCAAAAAAAAAUUCGCCCCUCGUUUGCGAGGUUCUAAGAAAACAUGGUGAUCGCGAACGGUUUAUUACUAUUUAUAAGUUCAACCAAAUAUAUCCUGUGAGUAAUGGUAGACGAGCCACGUGUUCGCUUCGACAACGAUUCAACGUAGUUUUGCACUUUCCAAAAUGAAUAGUUUAAUAAUAUUUCCAUUACGAUUUUUUUUAAUAUAGUAAAACAAUAAUAUGAAUGAACUGGAACCAAACUUGGAAAAACAACAACAAAGUGCUGCUGCCGCGAAGAGGAACAGCGGUUUAUUUUCGAUUUUGAAAUGGUUUAAAGGUUCAAAUUCAUCAAGGGAAUCGGUGAAUUCCGACUCUUCUUUGGGAGGCUCAACGUCGAGCUGUGAUAGCGUCGAUUCUACGAAUAGCACAGGAACCGUUGCUUCUUUUUCCUUCGUACCACCGCACGCCUACAAAACGCAAAUCGUGGAAAGGUGCGUUCAGCAGGAACCGGAAACCGAUACAUACAAAGCUAGAGUUAAACAAAGGGAAAAAGUUAAGGAAAGAGACAAGAAUUUAACGCUAAGAAAAAAAUAUAAUUUAUUUUUUAAUCGUGAUACUUUAUUAAAGCCAAGCAAAAACGACGAAGAUAACAGCAAAAGUUUACCUUUGAUGACCAAAAAAGAGAUGAGUGAAGAGGAGAGGAUUCAUCGAAGAACUGCAAGUGAAUCGUCGAAAAUUAAAAAAGCUGGGGCAUAUUGUCACGUUAAAGGUAAACGAAAAGCCCCGGCCCCUCCAAGUUUAUUGCAAACUCAAGAUAAUUCAGAAGAAGGCACAACUAGUUGGAGGAGAAAAAAAAGAGUUGCUCCAGCACCUCCAAAAGAAUCUAAAAAAACUAAGGAAAAACAAGAUGGAAAAUACGAAACGAUUCAAUAUGUUGAUUCAGAUGUGCUUUUUAACGAUUCAUUAAAGUUAGAACACGGAAUUUUAAAACCAGCUAAAGACCAGACUACAACAUCGAAUGAAAAAUUAUCAACCUCACCGAAUUCGAGUCACGUGGAAGCUCCAGUAUCUCCUCGCCCGUGGUACAAACGAAACUCUGCGGUGCCAAGAAGAGAAAACGUUCCGGAGACUUCGAGGAACUCGACAUCGUUGGAUCUAAAUAUAGACGAAUCCAGAAUAGAUAGGAAAAAGGACGACAAACGUAAGUCCGGACUCUCAUUUUUAACUAACAUCAGUGAAUUGGAUAGGGAGGCGACGGAAAUCAUGAAGAAGGAAAAGGAAGAGUCCUCAGUAAGUGAAAUGCCGGCGUUCAUGAGGCCCAAACAAGAAACGUCCACAAACAGCGUUGAUAAUAAUAAUACUUUAGUGUCGCCGAAACGGAAAUCGGCCAAAGAUCUAAUAGCCAAAUUUAAUGCCAUCACAAAUGUAACUAAAGUGACUGUGAAUCCGUUCCAAAAAAAUAAAGAUUAUUUCGGGAAAUCAUCAAAGGACCAAAAGAAAAAUGUUAGAAAAGGUGGAAACGAUACGGUUUUGAAUCCAUUAAUGAAAUCGGAAAGUGCAAGUGCGAUUAAAUCGAAUACUCCUAAAGCCGACAGAAAAUCAUGGAAUUGUCCCAAAUGUUCGAUUCAAAACGAAUAUUGGAGAAUAAUUUGCCACGUUUGUUCGACGAUUAAACCAUACUUCGACGAUUUAGCUUUACCAUCAUCAUCCAAAAACUCACCAGAAAAAAACGUUGAAAUCAAACCGGACGGAAUUAACAAAAACUUUCUUCAAAGACCCAGCGAAAUCAUUACCGGUCAAUUAGAAAGAUCAAAAACGCAAAUUGGAUUUACAGCUUUAUCACGUUAUAAUGAACAGAAAGAUAGAAGGAUUGAAAAAUCUGUUUCUGUAGAUGAAACUAAGAAUAAAAAUAAAGAAAUCAAAAAUAAAGAAAUUAAAAAUAAAGAAAUCAAAAAUAAUGAAAUUAAAAAUGAUGAUGCUAAGGAGGGAGAGAAUAAAUUGGGUGAUAAUAAAAGAGAGGAACGUGAAAAACUUAUUAAAAUGUUGAUUGAGAUGAAAAAUUCGCUGCCCAAAAGAAAAUUAAAUUCAAAUAAGGAUAAUAAAAGGACGAGUAUUAUUGAGGAGGGGUUGGAAAUGUUGGAUAAUGAAGCUAAAAUGAAGGAAAAAGGUGUUCAGAAAGAUAUGCAAAAAGAUAUUGAGAAGGAUUUGGGAAAGGAUGUUGAAAAAGAGUUUCAAAAAGUUAUUAAGAAAGAUGUUCAAAAAGAUAUACAAAAAAAUGUUCACAUAGGAAUGCAACAAGGAAUUAUAAAAGAAAUGAUUAAAGAAGAGAAUAUUGAAAAGGAAAUAAAUGAAAAUAAUCAAUUGGAACAAACGGACGAGGAGAAAAAGGUAAAAGAAAUCUUGUUUUCUAAAGAUGUUGGGUUUAAAAUUAAACAACCAGAUAAAACAAACAAACCAACUUUUUCAAACUUUUUAUUAAACGGUCAAAUAAAAAAUGCAAAUCCAACCAAGAACGCAAAAGAAACUCCACAAUUUGUCAAUGGAAAAUCUUUAAAGGAACAAUUUCUUAAAGAAAAUAUAUCAAACGAACAACCUGUUAAAGAGCAGCAUCAAAUGAACGAAAUUUUGGAACCAAAUAAAGCAGAAUUAAUCUUAGUAACUCAAGAAACAAUUUAUGAAAAUAUAAAAAUGAAAAAAACUGAAGCUCCAAAACCAUUAAAAGUGUCGAGUUCCGCUCAAACAAGUGCGGUUGUUCGAAAAGUUCUUCCAGAAUCGGUGAGUGGAGCAAUUAAAAAAGAUGGAAGAUUCGAAUUAAUGAAGGCAAAAGAUUUUGCGGAGAAAACCGUAAAUCUUCCCGACCACGUCUACGCUAAUUUGGCCGCGAAAGAUAACAUGUCGCUCUUUGUAAAUAUGCCGAAAAAAUUUGCCGAAUUAAAAGAUAACCUUUUAAAAACGGAAAUUUCAAAUACGGAUACUUUGGAAAUAAAUCGUCUGUUGAGAAGGUUAGAGACGGCGAUAGCUAAAGGGGAAAUGACCGAUGCGGCUAUUUACGCGAGGGAUUUGGCCCAAUUAAAAGUUAAUUGUUCGGUGAUACGGCAAAAAGAGAAUAAAGCUGAGGUUGGAAAAAGACUUGGAGAGUUUCUGGUGAAUAUGUUUGUUGAAGAUCGAUUAUCUCAUAGGGGCCCGUUCCCUAUCAAGGUAAUCGCAGAACAAACCGUCGGAGAAUUAAAAAUCCAAGUUGAGAAGGAAUUCGAAAUUCCAACCGCCGUUCAACGAUGGAUUCUUGGAAAAGAAUUAGCUACCCAAGAUGGUAGCACUUUAAAAGACCAUCAUGUUACAACGGAGGGGUGCCCGAUUUUUUUGUAUUUAGUGGCCCCAACAAGAGAUUCUAAAGUAAUAGAAGAAAAGAAACUUCCAGAAGAGAAACCAAUAAAUAAAAAGGAAGAUCCUCCCAAUAAACAAACAACGGAUUUAGUAAAACCACAAAUAGUCGAUUACAAAGUAAAACAACCACCCAAAAACUUGGAAAACAUAAAAAUCGACAUUACAAUAGAAGAAAAGCAAAUUUCUAAACCUUUAAAUACAGUUCCUACUCAAAACGAAGCUUCUCCUUCCGCGUCAUCAUCAUCAAUCCUAACGGAAAACACAAAACAUUUAAAAACAUUUUCUGAUGAUGAUGACGACGAUUAUGACUGCAAAACUUUGAAGCCGUUAAUAAAAGAUUGGGAGUGUAGAAUGUGCACGCUUUUAAAUCCCAUUACAAGUAAUAUUUGCGCGGUGUGCGCUUUUGUUAGGCCAACAAUCGCGCCGAGAGGGGCUAAAAAGAAAGCACCACAACCUAUGGAAAGAAAAAAACAUAAAGAAGAAAUUCCAGUUCAACAUUACCAACAAUUAGUUAAUUUAGACAGUACGGAUUUAGUGGAAAAUACCGAAAAAUUCGAAUGUGUUAUUUGCAUGAUAGAAAUUGAGAAGGGCGAAGGGGUUACAUUGAGAGAAUGUUUACAUCAAUUUUGUAAAUUAUGUCUUGCACAUACCAUUAAAUUUACUGAAGAGGCUGAGGUGAAAUGUCCGUAUCGAGACGAUCAAUAUUCUUGUGAUAUAGCUUUACAAGAUAGGGAAAUAAAAGCUUUAGUUUCACCGGAUAUCUAUGAACAAUUUUUAGCACGUUCUGUUACUCAAGCUGAAAAUAGAACCGAAAAAUCUUUUCAUUGCAAAUCCCCCGAUUGCAAAGGAUGGUGUAUCUUUGAAGAUAAUGUUAAUGAAUUUCGAUGUCCAGUUUGUAAAAAAGUUAAUUGUUUAACAUGUCAAGCUAUUCAUACUGGUUUAAAUUGCAAACAAUACCAAGAAAGAAUGAACGAUGCAUCUGCAAUUGAUGAGGAUGCAAAAAGAACUCGAGAAAUGUUAGAAGAAAUGGUAAAUAAAGGAGAAGCAUUAAAUUGUCCUGCUUGCCAAGUGAUACUAAUGAAAAAAUGGGGCUGUGAUUGGGUUAGAUGUUCGAUGUGUAAAACAGAAAUUUGCUGGGUAACAAAAGGACCCAGAUGGGGACCCGCCGGAAAAGGCGAUACCUCCGGAGGUUGUAAAUGUGGUGUAAACGGAGUGAAAUGUCAUGCCCAAUGUAAUUAUUGCCAUUAAAUUAUUUAUUAAACACGCCACAUUGUACCAAUUUUACCAUUUAGAUUAAGCAUUUUUAUAAUACAUAAGCUGAUUCAAAGAUUGUUUUACUAAUAUCACUCUUUUUUAUACAUAAUGUGUUCAGCUAGAAGUUAUUAAUUUAAAUAAUGCAUACAUAAUAAAUCUAGUCUUUACUAGUC